UCUGUACUCAGAGCAGCCAAUUCAAGUUUCCUUCAAGUAUUAUAUCGCUUUUAUAAUAUCAUUGUACUAAAAAACCGUAUAUAUAUGAGAAGGGUACGUUACAGUUUCACCCAAGAGCAGUUGUCCAUUUUUACGCACUUGGCUCUGGAAUUUUUCUAUCCUCUCACAUUUGGAUAAAGUUACUUUGUGAACAGCAUAGCGUAAUUGUUAUUGAUGCAUGGAUUAUUCGACGUAAUCUAAAUGUUUUAUGGAUAUUCUGCUGACAUUUCGGCAGCGAAGCCUUGUUUUUUUAUUUCACUGGACUCGGAUGUAUGUUAUUCGGCAAUUCAAACAGGAAAACAUAUACACACAAUUGAAGCUUCAUUUCUAGCUCUGCUCUUUUGGAACACACGCAAGACAAUGAGUGCCCAAAUUGAAUGAGAAGUUAGCUGUCCAUAAUAAUCACUAAUAAUACCUCAUAAUCAACGGGAAACCAGAACACCAGCUUGAAAGAAGACAAAGAGGUCGACCAUAUUUAGCCAUGAACCAAACUGCCGGAGCAACAAACUACCGUAGAUGUUCCAAGGGGGGAAAGGAGCUGGUGGGCAGCAACCCUCCGCAGAGGAACUGGAAAGGAAUCGCCAUCGCCCUGCUCGUCAUCCUGGUCAUCUGCUCUCUGAUCGUCACCUCAGUCAUUCUCCUGACCCCAGUUGAGGAUGACUCGCUCGGCCUCAGGGCCAAGGUGUCCACUGAAGCCCUUGCAAGAGAUUUCAAGAUUCAUGACCCAAAUGCCAAGUGGAUCGGCGGCAGCAGACUGCUGUACCGCAGACGUAAUGGAGACGUGGUCGUGCAAUACGUAGAGACGGAGGAGAUGAAGGUUCUGGUGGAGCAAAAAAAAUUUGAUAUGUACAAGGCCAGCAAGUAUGACGUGUCCCCCGACAUGAAGCAUGUGCUGCUAGCCUACAACGUCGUCCCUGUCUAUCAGCACUCUUUCACAGCGUCCUACAUCAUCUGCAGCCUGGAAACUCCGGAGACCUGGAACCUGAAUCCACCAGAAGUGCGGAAUGUUCAGCUGCAGUACGCCGGGUGGGGCCCAAGGGGUCAGCAGCUGAUCUUCAUUUUCGAGAACAACAUCUACUACAGGGCCACUGUGGAGAGCCGUUCCAUACGCCUGGUCUCCACCGGAAAGGAGGACGUCGUAUUCAACGGACUGAGUGACUGGCUGUAUGAAGAGGAGAUCUUUCAGACACACAUCGCCCACUGGUGGUCUCCAGAUGGUGCAAGGCUGGCGUAUGCCACCAUAGAUGACACCCCGGUCCCCAAAAUGGAGAUACCCAUGUUCACGGGCUCCCUUUACCCAACAGGAAGAGAGUACCAUUACCCUAAAGCAGGAGAGGAGAACCCUAUAAUUAACGUGUCUGUGGUGAACCUGAAUGGGCCUCUACACACUAUAGAGAUGAAACGGCCAGAGGACCAGAGGAUAGGGGAAUACUACAUAACCAUGGUGAAAUGGGCAACAAGCACAAAGCUGGCUGUGAACUGGCUCAACAGACCCCAGAAUAUCUCUAUCCUCACUCUGUGUGAAGUCACCACUGGGGUCUGCACCAAGAAACAUGAAGAUGAAAGUGAAGGUUGGCUGCACAGACAGAGUGAAAAACCGCUAUUCUCCAGAGACGGACACAAGCUGUUUUUCACCCGGGCAAUCCCACAGGGUGGUAAGGGAAAGUUCUACCACAUCUCCAUGUCCUCCUCACAGCCCAAUUCCAGCACAGACAGUCUCCAGUCCAUAACCUCUGGAGACUGGGAUGUGACCAAGGUCUUAGCCUACAAUGAAGAGAAUCAUCUGAUAUACUUCCUGAGUACAGAAGAUGAUCCCAAAAGGAGACUGCUCUACAGCGCUGACACCGCAAGCCAAUUCAACCGUCAAUGCCUCUCCUGUGACUUUGCCGAUCCAUGUGGCUACAUAGACGGCUCCUUCAGUGAGAACAUGAAGUACUUCCUCCUCAACUGCGAAGGUCCUGACAUUCCUUAUGUGGUUGUUUACAACACCGAGGAGAAAGGGAGGGUUCUGGAACUGGAGAUGAAUGGAAAUCUGAGGAUUACCAUAAACUCCAUGCAGAUGCCCAAAGUGGAGUACAAGGAUAUAAUCAUAGAAGAUUACACUCUGACUAUGCAGAUCCUCAAGCCUGCUGGCUUCCAGGAAACAGCCCUUUACCCAGUGCUACUGCUGGUGGACGGGACUCCCGGGGAACAGAUGGUCUCAGAGCGGUUCCAGGUGGACUGGUCAACAGUUAUGGUCAGCAGUUUCGGGGCCAUUGUGAUUCGCUUCGAUGGGAGAGGCAGUGGCUUCCAGGGCACCAACCUGCUUCACAAAGUGCAGCAUAAGCUGGGUGUGUUUGAGGAGAAGGACCAGCUGGAGGCACUCAGCAUCAUAUCAAGUGAACCUUACAUUGACAAAACACGUAUGGGAGCCUUUGGAAAGGUUUAUGGGGGAUAUGUAGCAAGCCUUCUGCUCAGUUCUGAAAAGUCCUUACUCAAGUGUGGAGCAGCCCUUUCUCCUAUCACAGAUUUUAAAUUAUAUGCAUCUGCAUUUUCAGAGAGAUAUUUGGGAUUGCCCAAGCCUGAUGCAAAGGUUUAUACGAUGUCGAAUUUAACGAAUCGAGCAUCUCGUUUCAACGAUAAAAGAUAUCUGAUCAUUCAUCCAACAGCUGAUGAGAAGGUCCAUUUCCAACACUCUGCAAAGUUCAUCACCCAACUAAUAAAUGAAAAGGCAAAUUACACUCUACAGAUCUACCCCGACGAAGGCCACUUCAUCCACAGCGAGGGGACGAGGCAGCACCUGAGCCAGUCGCUGGUGAACUUUUUCGAGGAGUGCUUCAGACUACCUGACAGAGUUUUCCAGGAGAGGGUGGAGGAGGAUGAUUUAGAAGAGGAGGGUUAAGACCCCUGCCGUUUCGGCUGCCGCUCCCAGCACACGCCAGCACCCCUGGCCUCCGUGCCCAAACACCCCUUCAUCUCUUCUACCACGUCACUUUCUCUGAGCAUGUACCCGCAACCGCUGUCCUGCAGCCCCCACCCACCCACCCCCACCCCUCUUCAUCGUACAUACUCUCCUCAGCUCUGAUUGGCUGCGGGACGAACAUCCGGAGCGCCUCCUUCAUGCCCUUGGCUUUAGUUCAGACAUUGCGCUGGUAUGCGCCUGGUUUAUUUGGCUAAUUGUCAAAGCAAAGGCAGUCUUCCCCCUCUGUCCAAGCUUUUGGUCCUGUCAGUGGGAAGAUGUACUCAGAUUACAUUUAGCCACUGCACACUCACACACAGACAGGCAUACAUAUACACAUACAAUAAACUGAGAGACGCGUUCACACACUCAUGCGGGUACGGACGAACUCAGACACACGUAUGCAUGCACGCACACUUGGCUAUACGUGCUCUCACACAAUAACACACGCACACGUACACAUAUACACACACUUAUACACCUGCUUUGACCGAGCAUCUCAUCCCUAAACACACAUUGGCUUCAGAGAGUCUACUGGGUGAAUGAAGGUUUUAUAGCACAAACACUGGGGUUGAAUGUCAGGACUCUGUGCAGAGUUAAGGUAAUUAUGAAGGAAAUAUUCGUAUUAUCCUGGUGGUUUGAUUUUUUUAAACCUCCUGAAGACUUUUCCACUUCCGACUCUUGCUUGUGUCUGUUGAUCCCCUGUCCGAGACUCCCAGGGGUGUCCCGUUCCUCUUUUCAGCGUUCAGGUUUGUCUUGCUCUUGGGUCCCUUUGUAGCCUCAAGCUGUGCAUUAUAGCGAAUAAAAUUAGAAUUGAAAAAUUGGUUCUUGUCACCCCCAAAGGCCUGCAUACCGCAAAGUGUUGGGCAAAAGUAAAUAAAACUUUUACUUGGUCUUAAGUGAUGUACCACAGACAUGACAAGUCUGGUCUGACUUGUUUUUACCUUUGUUUUUUGUCUUGUUUUCUUACAGUACAAUGUUCUUGCAGUGCUGAUGAAAUCAAAGCAUAUGAACUACUUUAAGUCACUGUGCCUUAUUUUUGGAGCAAACAGUUUGGAAUUCUUGAAAGAAAGUAAAUACGGCUCAUAUUCUUUACUUUUCAGUUGACCACAAGAUAAAGCUGUCAAUUCUUUUGCUAUACUUUUUUUCCCCCAAUCUUACCUCAGUUUCACACAAGUAUAUGGCCACUUUGUAGAAUUGUAGUUAUUAUUUUUUCCAAACUAUAAUAAUAUUUGCAUAUUAACAAGCUGUAAAGCUAUACCAAGAAUAGGCUGAUAAUCUUUACCUUUAGAGUAAUAAUUAAAGCUGAAAUGGUUUUGCUGUUGUGACCUUUGCAAUUGAGAGUUCUUGGGGCACAAGUCCUGUUUAUAAAAUUAUUUUAUUUCUUUGAAUGUGUACUCUUGUUGCGUUCCAAGUGCAUGUCAGCUACCAUUUGCUACUUAAAGCUGUUUUUUAAGUAGUUGAGUUGAAGCGUAGCAUUUCUUGACCGCUUGAAUGUUUCCUUGCUGAACUGCAUUUCAUUUAGUAUAUUGUGAGUGGAAUCCCUGUCUCGUCAGCUUGUUGAUUCAAUGUUAUUCAGUAUCAUUUCGGUCUCUUACUAUUUUAAUGUUACUUGUACAUAAAUCAUUUUGAAAGGUACUUUUGAACUUUGAUUUGUUUUUUAUUAUUAUUACUACAAUUUUUGUUUUCUUGUUUUGUUCUUUGUGAAAAAUAUGCUUGUGUACUCUAAAAAUGCCUGGGGGGUGUCGCACAAUUCAGUAUUAGUGAUGAAACGGCGUGAUGAUCCUUUGUCCCUCGCGGUAAGGUGGCACGUCACCGUGGCAGUGACGUACAAGGAGACCUUAGGAUGGCGACAUCUGCUUUGUGUACCAAACGUGGGGGAUUGAAAAAAAAAAGAAAGAAGAUGUGGCAUGAAGGUAAAUGUUGUGAGAAUAAAAGUUAUUUUAUCAUCA